AUGGCGAGCUUGUUGGAUCGCAGUACCAGCAGCAGCAUGGGUCAUGGUGAUUAUCAAGGCAGCCUGGCGCUGGAGGCCCGUGGUGUGUUUCGAGGCUAUGGCCCGCUGAACCGCCGGACCCGCAUCGUCCAUGACUUUGACAUGCGUGUCCCGCGCGGCUUGUAUGGAAUGGCUGAUGCCGGCAUUGAGAGUCGCCUGCGCGAGCUGCUACAGCUGUUGGACAUGAGCCCCUUUGUGGACCGCCUCGUCGGAACUCUGAGUGGUGGACAGCAGCGCCGAGUGUCUUUUAUGGUAGCGCUCAUCCACCAGCCUCCACUUCUGAUUCUGAAAAGCAGAAACAACGGAACCUUAGCAACAACCCCAGCUUCAACUUGUACAGGCUGUCACAGGCCUCUGGAUAAAGGCGCGCAUGCAUUCUCAAAACUUGCUUUGGAUGAACAGGCUGACAUGGUGGGCAUGAUGCGAGAUGGCCGACUAUUGGCGGAGGCGCCACCACGUCAACUCAUGAAUCAGUACGGAAUGGAUACCCUUGAGGAGGUCUUUCUUGAUCUGAGCCGCCAAGAUUCCCACAAGCGUGCCAGCAUGCUCAACAACAGCGGUAUCGUCAAGCACAACGUCAAUGCCCACAAGAAAGAGCUCGUGUUCAACUCGUCCACUGUCGAUGUGGAGUCUGAACCCUUGAUCGGCACUUCCCUUGCUGGCGGCCGCAACUAUGGUGUUCUAGUUUUCGAGUUUGUUUUGCCCGCUAUCCAGAUUAUUCUCUUUUGCUUGGCCAUUGGACGCGACCCCACUGGCCUCAACGUGGCCAUCAUCAACGAGGACGUGGGCGCCAAUCUGACCGACUCGCACGUCUCCUACUCGACCCAAUUUCUGUCCCAUCUUGAUCACAAGACCUUCAAUCAAGUGACGUGCACGUCGGUGGAUGAGGCUUUGCAUAAGGUUGAACGAGGCGAGGCAUGGGCCAUGUAUCACUUUGGGGUCAACUACACCCAGGAUGUGCUUGAACGUGUUGCCAACAUUUUCACCGCCGAUGAAGCCCUCAUCAACGCGAGCCAGAUUCACAUUGCCAUGGACAACACCAACGAACAAAUCAGCGUUGUGCUGGUGGAGAAGACCAUGGAGGCCUAUGAAGCGUGCGUGUUUGCGCCCUGUAUUACGGCACACUCGCUGCGACUGACACGCAGUUCUUGGCACACCUCGGUGCACUCCAAACCUUCUGACGGUGUACGACUGGUUUCGAUUACAUUUGCACAAGCAAUUGGCCUGACAGCGCUGGCCUUUGUGAUGGAUCGCAAGGACGGCAUGACGGAUCGCGCCUGGGUGGCUGGCGUGGUGCCCAGCGAGAUUAUUCUGGCCCACGUGGGCACGCAGAUGCUGGUGCUUGUGGGACAGUUGAUUCUGGUCCUGAUCUUCACGCUCCUGGUUUUUAAGCUCCCGCUUCAUGGCUCGCUGCUGCUGGUCAUCCUUCUCCUUCUUCUUCUGGGCACCUCGGGCAUGACAUGCAUUUUGUGGCCGUUGGAGUCCAUUCCGAUUGGCUUGAGCUGGGUGGCGUACGCCAUGCCGACCACCUGGGCCAGUACGGCGAUGCGUUCGCUCAUGCUACGUGGCUGGGGACUCGCGUAUCAGGAUGUCUGGUUGGGUUUUGUGGUGGUCCUGGCCUGGAUUCUGGUCUUGAUCUUUGCAGCCAUCGCUGGCAUCCGCAGCAUUGAUUAG